AAAGUGACGCUGACACACACACAUACAAGCCGGAGCCGAGAAGGGGGAAUAGCGUUUUGUUUCUUUUUUUCUUUAAUUUGUGUCCUUUUAUUCUUUGGCAUUUUGUUGUUAUUUGGCUGUACUCUUGUGGAGGAUUAGACUGGCUCGCUCCGCAGCGCUUUGCUAUCUACCGCUACCGUUCAUGCCGCUUUCCCCUCACGCGGCGCUAUUUUGACAGUCGGGGUCGCAUUGAACCAACCGGAGCUAGCAGCACCAUUAUAUUAGCAUUGGCACAACUUGAAGGAUUCUCCACACGGACCCACGACAUAACGACCAGCAAAACGGGCUCCUGACUGGAGGACAGGCCAUGCUGCUGCACUGAGCCGGAGGGAAGGAAAAGAGAGAGGCCCCUGAGGACCGCUGAGGUGGUGGCCAGCCUGUUGGUGUGCCCCUCCCCCUUGUCUGGCUGGCUAGCUGCUGCCUCUUCUGUUCACCUGAUCGCUCCCCACCCCGAAGGCUAAGGCUUGCUAUGGACUGCGCUUCGCCCCCUGCUGCAGCCCAGCCCAGUACACUACCUUAGUGGGUUCCCCUCAAUUUCCUGUGUGUGGUUCCCAUCCACACUCACUGUACAAAGUCCAGCACAGAUCUGGUACCACCUACAGUCACUCCUGGGUUCUCCACCCAACCCCCUCCCCAACUCCCACCCUCUCCCCCUCCCCUAAGAAGAUGUCAGUGAGCCUGACAACAGACAUCCAGCAGGAGGGAGAGAGUGGGCCACUCAUUGAGCCCUGCAGUAGAGGCAAGACCUCCCCUCAACCCCAGGGCACCAAGGAAGGGACAGGUGAUGGCCUGGAGCCUGAGGAUAGCUCCCCACAGGAUGCACAGAAACGGGCUCCUAAUCACAGCCAUGGCAGGAAAAGGGCCAAGUCUAAUGCCAAACUGAAGCUGGUACGGAGUCUGGCAGUGUGUGAGGAGUCCUCUGGUCCGUUCUCCAAUGAUGGACCUCCAGAAUCGCAAUGGAAUGUGGUUUUCCAGGAUAUCAUCCAGCUUCACAUCAGCUGUCCAUCAGACAAGGAAGAGGAGAAGUCCUCAAAGGACGAGUAUGAAAAUGAAGAGAAGGAGAAGAAGGACAAAGCUCCGCGAAAGAUGUUAUCACGUGACUCCAGUCAGGAAUACACUGACUCCACGGGCAUCGAUGUUCACGAGUUUCUGGUCAACACACUGAAAAACAAUCCCAGGGAUCGAAUGAUGCUGCUCAAACUAGAACAAGAUAUCCUGGAGUUCAUUAAUGACGACAAUAACCAGUAUAAGAAGUUUCCUCAGAUGACGUCUUAUCACCGUAUGCUGCUGCACCGCGUGGCUGCCUACUUCGGCAUGGACCACAAUGUGGAUCAGACAGGCAAGGCUGUCAUCAUCAACAAGACAGGCAACACACGCAUCCCGGAACAAAGGUUCUCUGAACACAUCAAGGAUGAACGUAACAUGGACUUCCAGAAGAAAUUCAUCCUAAAGAGAGAUGAUGCCAGCAUGGACAAGGAUGAUAAUCAGAUCCGUGUGCCGCUGCAGGACGGGCGACGUAGCAAGUCCAUUGAAGAGCGAGAGGAAGAGUAUCAGCGGGUACGAGACCGGAUCUUUGCCCGAGAAUCCUCUCAAAAUGGAUACAUCAACGACAACAGACUUUCCACUGAGGGCUACUGCUCUAGCUCUCAAAAGAGGAGGCAAAUCUUUAGAGGGAACCGUGAGAGCUCCAGCCGGGCGUCUAGCAGUCGUCAAAGCAGCACAGACAGUGACAUGAAGUGCCUGGAGCCACGGCCCUGGAGCAGCACUGACUCAGACAGCUCCAACCGCACCCUCCGGCCGCCCGUCACUAAGGCUAGCAGCUUCUCUGGCAUCUCCAUCCUCACCAGAGGGGAUAGCCUUGGCAGCAACAAAGGCUCACAGGGAAGCUGCAAAGGCUCUCGCUCUGGCCUGCCCCUAGUCAGUCCUGAUGUGUGUCCCCCACCUGCAGCCUCCCAGUCUAGCCGUAGCCUACUUCCCUGCCCGUCACAACAGCCACAGCCCCAGGUCCCACCUCAGACCGCCCUGCUGCCCACCCCACAGCAACACCCUAUGGGAAACCACAUGAUUGCUCAGCCGGUGGCGUCUCUGCAGCCCUCUCAGCCUGUCUCCUACUCCAGCCCUUCCUGCCCCCAGGUUCUCCUGCCAGUUUCUCCUCCCCAGCAGUACACAAUGGGAGAAGAGAUGGCGCCCCAGUUCAGCCAGAUGACGCUGAGUCGGCAGGGCUCCAGUGAGAACCCUGAGCCUCCCCCCAUGUAUCAGGCUCCUCCCACGGUGCUGUCCCAGCACCCUCCUCCUCAGACCAGCUACAUCAUGGCUACCACUGGUCAGCCUAUGCAGCCUCCGUCUGGCUAUCAGCCUGCUACUGGACACCCCCAUCCUCCACCUCCACCGCCUCCUCCAUCCCAACCCGUCAUGCAGGCCCCGCCACCCCCACAAGGCUACAUGCAGGCCCCUCCACCUCAACAGAUACAGGUGUCAUACUACCCUCCUGGUCAGUAUCCCAGCUCAGGCCAGCAGUACCGUGUGCCCCAGCCCAUCUCCCACCAGGUGUCUUAUCCUGCCCAGCGCACACAACCCAUGCCUCAGCCCACACAGCAGUCAGGUCUUCAGACCAUGAUGCCCAGCCAGCAGCCAAGCUACCAGGGCAUGAUGGGUGUGCAGCAGCCCCAAAACCCUGGUCUGCUAAAUUCCCAGAGGGCAGGCAUGGGAGGACAAAUGCAGAGCAUAAUGGUUCAGUACCCACAGAUGCCAUCAUAUCAGGUACCAGUGGGAAAUGAAAAUCAGCAGGUGGUGCAGCAGCAGUACCAGCAGCAGGUGAUGGUGCCAGUCAGCCAGUCUGUCCAGGGGCCCAUGCCUGUCUACUACAGUGUUAUCACACCCACACAGCAGAAUAGCACAAGCCCGUCAGUAGGUUACCUGCAGCCCCCCACCUCUGAGCAGUAUCAAAUCACACAGUCGCCGUCCCCUUGCAACCCUCAACAGUUGCAGCAGCAAUAUUCAGGAGUACCGCCUCCUGGUCCUGGGGUGAUGGUCAUGCAGCUCAGUGUCCCCAAUGGACCACAGCCUUCCCAGAACCCUCCUCUGGUCCAGUGGAACCCAUGCAAGUACUACAGCAUAGAGCAGAGGCCCAGCAAGCCGGGAGAGCUCUACAAACCAGACAACACUCCACAGGCCAGUACCCAGCUGACAAGUCCCCUGGCCUCCCCCACUCAGUCUCCCACCCCGUCUCCCUCCGGCAGCGUCAGCAGCGUCUGUCCAGGUCUGGGACCAUUACCCCUCAUUUCCCAGUUUCCCCGGCCAGGAGGACCAGCACAAGGUGACGGACGCUACUCUCUGUUGGGGCAACCUCUCCAGUACAGUCUGUGUCCUCCUCCCCUCAUGCAUGGCCAGUCCUCCUACAGCUCCCAUCAGGGCCAAGUAAUGAAACACGGGGCACGAGGGAAAAAACAGACACUCAAAUCUGCAUCAACAGAUCUCGGCACCACUGAUGUUGUGGUGAGUCGAGUACUCGAGGUAACGGACCUGCCAGAGGGGAUUUCACGUCCAGAGGCUGAAAAGCUCUUCAACCAGCUGUCGAUGUGCGGUGCCAAGAUCCAGUGGCUGAAGGAGCCCCAGGGAGGCCGAGGAGGCUGCGGCCCCUGUCCCGGUGCGGGGCCUGCUGGGCCGGGAGCCACCGCUGGGCUCGGGGCCAGCGUGGGAGCUGGGGGAGCGAAGGGCGACAGCAACGACCCGGCUCACCUCUACACAGUAGUGGCAGUGUUCCCCAGCACCAUGGCUGCCCAGAGUGCUUCCUUCAAACUUAACAACAGCGGGGCCAGCCUCUUCAAACUGAGGGCCGCCAAAAAGAACUAUGACCUGCGCGUGCUGGAGAGAGCCAGUUCUCAGUGAAAGGAAAAGAGAAGGGGGAGGGAAGAAAGAAAGAAAGUGAAAAAGAGACAGAAAGAAAGAGAGACUCUCGGUGGAGUGGUGGAAAAGAAAGGAGGACUGAGGGGGACUGCUCUUAGUGUACAAUUUAAAAACAAAACAAAAAAAAUACUUGAGUUAAAUAAUGUGUCAAAUGUAUAAAAGGGAAGAAGGUGUGAAUCAUGAGGUGGCUGGUGUUUGGUUGCAAAUAUGAUUUUGUCGUUUGUUUUUAUUCAUUGUUUUUGUUUUGUAUUUAUAUAGCAGAAGAGCACACAAGACACGUGAGCAUGUGUUUCACUGUUGCCGUGGAAUGUGCGCUGCCAUUACACAAAAACACAUACAAACACACACACACACACACACACAGACAUACCAGGAGACACACACAAACAAACGCAGGCAACAGGGUCACGUAGCACAUAACAAGAACACACUGGACAGUCGACCUCAGUCAAACCUUUCCCUCCUCCCUCCGUGCUCCAACCCUCCCUCCUUUUCCUCCUUUUCCCGCCAAAACGCUUUCUCUCCUUCCUCAACUCUCCGUCACCCAGUCGUCUCUUAAUCUCACAUAUUUAUAAAUUUUCAUACGCACAGUUGCGCACUCUCUCUGCUUCCCCCUCCCUCCACCGCUCUCUCUUUUCUCGCCUUUCAUGUCUCAUACUGCCUCCAUCUUUCUCUGCUCCUCUGUCCCUCUCAUGAACUCUCUCACUGCUCUCUCCUCUCUUGCUUUCUGUUUGCCUUACUGCUGUUGUGGGUUUCCGUAUUGCGCUGUUUCUUUUUUUUUUUCUCAAAGUUUUUUUCUUUUUUUCGUUUUUUGGGAUUCAAUAUAUUUAUAUAAGUGAUGUAAGGAAUAAAAGAAAUCUAUAUAUUCAGUGAUUUUUCUUUCUUUCCCCUGAGUGAAAAAGUUUAGGUCUUCCUUUAUCCUUUAGUCCGUUCCUCUUCAUCCCCCUCUCCUCUUUCCUACAUUCGUUUCCUCCUUACUGCCCUCUACCUCACUUCUUCGGUCCUCUCCUCUCUCUCCCACAACUGUCCCACAUCCCUCCCGCUCGCUCCACCCCCCCUCCCCCUCCCCCGACGCCCCAUUGUGUUUGCGUUUUUCGUUGACAGCUGUGCAGAAAGUAUCAGAAGAAGUAGUUAAAGUGCACAAUGAUUGCAUAUGUCUACUGUAAAUUUUAUUUAAUCUGUUAUUUUUUGUUUGUUUUUAAAAAUAUAAAAGUCGAGAAAAAAUCUAUCAAAACA